UUCACGCGAUUCGUGUUUUUCGGUUCGUAGUGCGUUAUCUUUUGCGUAAUCGAUGCAGAUUUUUCAUCACGGAAUAUAAGUUAGAAAAGUCGGAUAUAAACCUUAGAUAUCCAGGAGUAAUUUGUUUAACUUGUGCUUGUUACCUAAAGUGAAAAAUCGAUAUGGGAAACGUGCUCGCUGCUUCAAAACCGAUCGCUGCCGGCGGUCUGCCACCUCCUAUACUAGCGGAACCUACCCCUGCCAGUGCCGAACCUGAGAAACCUUUAGAGAAUCCUGGUUCUAUGGAAGAGCUACAUAAAAAGUGCAAAGAUGUUAUGCCCGCCAAUUUCGAGGGAGCCAAAUUGAUGAUCAACAAAGGCCUCAGUAAUCACUUCCAAGUGUCGCAUACCAUUAACCUCAACUCGUCCAACACGAGCGGAUACCGAUUCGGAGCGACCUAUGUGGGCACGAAACAGAUGUCUCCCUCAGAAGCUUUUCCGGUUAUACUGGGUGACAUCGAUCCGGCUGGGAACUUAAAUGCCAACCUCAUUCACCAGCUGACACCGAACGUGCGGUGCAAGUUUGCUUCCCAAGUUCAAAACCAGAAAGUCACUGCCGCACAGUUGACCACGGACUACAAGGGUCAGGACUUUACUGCAUCGCUCACCGUUGGCAAUCCCAACAUCAUCAACAAUUCCGGCGUGCUAGUGGGUCAUUAUUUGCAAGCGGUAACCAAUAGCCUAGCCCUAGGCGGAGAACUGGCAUACCAGUACGGUCCAGCAGUCCCCGGAGGUCAAAUAGCAAUCAUGUCUGCUGCCGCUCGGUACGCAACGGAAGUAGGCACCUGGUCUGGAACGAUUGGUCUCGCCGGAGUUCAUCUCUGCUACUACCAGAAAGCCAGCGACCAGCUUCAACUCGGUGUCGAGGUUGAAACUAAUCUUCGAAUGCAGGAAGCGGUGGCAACCAUGGGCUACCAAAUCGAUCUGCCAAAGUCAGAGCUCGUAUUCCGCGGCAUGGUCGACACCAACUGGACAGUGGCCGCUGUCCUAGAGAAGAAAUUGCAACCGCUGCCAUUCACGUUUGCACUUAGUGGCAUUUUGAAUCAUACCAAGAAUCAAUUCCGGUUGGGCUGCGGACUGAUUAUUGGUUAAAAAAACACAUUCGUUAGGCAUUUUAAGCAGAGUUCAAAAAACCCCACAGUUCGAAGUGCAAGUAUCAACGCAUUUCUUCUUGAGUGACAUUCGUAGAGAGUUAGUGUCUCUGGGAAGACGUAAAACAAUGUUAGUCUGUUAGAGCAUAAAAAAAGAGAAAAGAUAUAAAUACAGAACAAUAGCAGAUACAAGAAAAUGACAAAGAUCUAUCUGAAAUAAACAAAAAAAAUAUAUAUGCGCUUGAAAAACAGAUGUUUGAUUUGUCUAGCUUCCCGUAUCGUUACACAUGACCAUGAUCCUCGAAGCACUAAUGUUUUUAGCCAACAGUCACUAAAUUAAGUUGCGCUUAAUCUUAUGGUUCCUUUUACAAAACAAUAAAAUGGUUCAGCAAACAUUA